AUGUCCCCGCCCCCAGUCCCGGUGGAUCAGGUGCAGACUAAGCGCAUGGUUCAAAGGCAAGCCUCUUCCGGUUCUCUUUCAAACUCAACCCGGGGUCGAGGAAGAGGUGGUCUGCAACGGCAGAGCAGUUCCGGGUCUAUGACUGAGAGGACAUUCAGGACGCCCUCCCCGUCGCCGUCGCGCCCAGUAUCACGAUCAGAACCGCAGGCGCCGCCAAUUCCGACCAUCCCGCAACACUUUGCGCCCCCUGCGACUGCCCCGGUCAAGAAGAAGAAGAGAGCAUCCAGCCAAGAAGCUCCUCAACCCCGCGAGUUCUCACCCUCCCUAGUGCGACCGCACAAUCGUGGCCAGAGUUUGGACAGAUACGGAUCUUCGCAACCGCCGGUGCUGCCAGCGAGUGCCCAGAGGAACAGCUACGCACCAUCGAGCAAUGAUCUUGAACGUACUGACAGCAAGAAUUCAGUCAAUUUCUCUAGACCCCUGUCACCCCGACCACAGUCACCUAUGGCACAACCCUCCGUUGCGCAAUCGCCGGCACUCACGAAUGGCGAUCGUGUGAAUGGCGAGGCGAAAUCAAAUGCAGUCGCUGCGGCUAUUUCUCCGGUGCAAGCUGCCAGCAUUCAGCAGGAAUUGGCUCAGACUGCGAAAAAGCCUGUCAAAAAGAAGAAAAAGAAGGUAGCAGGCGGCACAGUCGAGGGCAGUCAUUUACACGCUGGGACGAUGGCAAACAAUCCUGCCGUUACUCCACUCGAACCCAGCCCAGAGCCCCAGCAGCCAUCCUUGUCAGACGAUCAGCCGCCUAGCAGGAAAACGAAGAAAAGAGCCGCGGUCACCGGAGAGAGUACGCAUUUUCCUGUUGUCGAGAGUCCGAGAUCCGACUCCGAUUCGGAUUCAAAUGUUGAGCGGAAGAGAGAGAAAAGGACUCAGAGGGCCUCAGGUAUUCUGCAAAAACAGCCGUCUAUUGUGCGGGAGGACUGGGAAGGGGAACAGCAGGAGCAGGACACUCCUAUUCAAGACCGUGUGUCGAUGGACCCGUCGGCGCAAGAUGUGCUGACCCUCACGCAAGACAAGCGUCCUACAAACGCAGCAAACGUUUCGAGGAAGAUUGGGGAACCUAUUACGUUGCCGACGAUAACGGACCGGCCGCGCUCCCCUGAGCAACCUGCAUCGGCUGCACCCGCCACAGAAGAUCCGCCCGCAGUUUCCAUGAACCACCUUCAAGCGUCCGGACCUCAGCCUACAAGAGGCACGUCUCUGAGCCCGUCGAGAUCAACAAGGUUCUCGGAUCGACUUUCUUCAGACCUUGCCGCUGGUCGGAAACACGAGCCUCCGCCACGAUCAAUCUCACCGGCCAAACCGGCACUCAAGCACUCUUCUCCGUCUGGGGCUGAUGGACAAAUUCGGGGUUCUAGCGUCACUCCGAGCGAGUCGUCUGAUAUAUCCAGUGCGUCCUUGGAUGGGCCUCCAAAACGAAAAAAGUCAGUACGAGUGAGCUUCGAUGCUCAACCAGAGAUCGUCGGCACCGCUGUCAAUGGAUCAAGCCCGGUUGGAAGCCCAGGCAAGGAAAGGAAGAGCUGGCUUGGCCUGGGGAAGAGUAAACCUCCCCUCAGCACCAUUCCCUCGAGUGGCGAUAUGGAAGAGGUGAUGAAGCCACGUCCUCAACUUCCGUCCUUUGGCAGCGUUCGUGGGCAAAAGUUCAAAGACACGAACGAAUCAAACACAGCACAAACACCGAGGUCACCCGCCGAAACUCGUUCUCUCCCCACAGACUCCAACAAUGUGUCCCGUUCAGGGACAUCUUCUGAGGCGUCCAGCGCCCAUAUUCCUCACACAACUGGUGUGUCAAGUGACCACGCUGUGGGCGCGAUAUUAGCCCGAGAAGCCCAAACAGCCGCCCAGCGGAAUGCUCAAAAUCCGUCCAAUGAACCUCUUCCCCCUGAAGUGAGGUCCGUGGAGGGCGUGUUGUCAUACUCAGACGAGGAAAGCAAUACAUCUGAAGCUGGAGAGGGCAUAAGCGUCACGCCGACACCAGCACCACGUGAGACGUCGCUCGCUACGACCCAAAGGGCGACUCCGGUCUUGACCAUCAAUCAACAAGUCACAGCGCCUGUUCAACCUGUCACUCCUCAGCCUGCGCAGAAUGUCCAGCCGCCCCAGACAGAAGUUCCCGUUGUGGCUGUCUCGCCACCCACUCCCGGGGAGGAGCAUAGGCCACGUGACCAGUACCUUGUCGUGGUGCCCGGAGGCUUUCCAGUAUCAGCGGAGAGCCUCGCUAAACUGGAAGAAUCCACUAAAGUUCCGCAAGGCCAGAAAGCCGCCGCUGAAGAGACUGAUGAAGACGCAUCGGAUAAUGACAGUAUCUACAGUGAUGCAGCAGAAGAUCCUUCCGAGAUGGAACGGAUGGGCUUCGGUUCUAUCGACGCCAUAUUGGAGAGUCCUGUCGCUCCUCUACCGAGGCAUGAUACUCCUCCACCAGAAAGUCCAUUGGAAAAUGCUCCAGCUCCUUCUGCGAGCCCCUUGCCGAUCGAAUCUUGGGAAGAGACACGGGCGCGUUGGAGUGGAAUUGCGCAUCAGACACGACAAGGACCAUCUCAGGAGGCUGCUGAAGUAGACAGACCAGUGCCGGCGGCCUCUGUUCCUACUGUGCUAUCGACACCGCAGGUUGCAUCUGGGCCAUUGUCUGAAAGCGCAAAUCCACCUAAUGCGACGAGUAUCUACAACCAGGUUUCUCAGCCGGCCCAGGCCUUACGCUCCGCGCAGUCACCGGCACCACAACCUGCUGCGAAUGAGCCCACGCGGAAAAAGAAGACACCGGCUGCUAUGGCUGCCGCCGCUUCUGUACCCGCAGCGUCGGGGGCGAGGCAAGGGCCACCAGAGUCGCCCCUCCGGCAGAAGAAUCAGGGUUCUCCCUAUCCCACUGUCGCAACACCGAGUGUUGGGCAUGCCUCGGCUACGGGUGCACACUUCCGGCAUUCGAUGAGAGCGAGCCCACCUCCAGAGGUCGAAUCUGGCUUUCGGAGAUCUAUGCGCAAUGAAUCUCGCACGUCUAUGGCCGGGCCAACCAACGCGGCACCACAGCGACGAACUGCACCACCCGCAGUGACAACUCCGCCAAGGCAACCUCGCGCCGCACUGCAAAAGAAACAUAUACCUCUUGCCACAGCUGCGGCAGUGCAGGCGCCUAUCCCUCGGCCCAAACCCGCUCCACAGCGCGUGACAAAUGACAGUGAUUCGGAAAGUUCAUUCAGAAAGGCUCGUCGCAGUAAAUCCACGACGGGCGGCAAGUACACGAUGCGUCGAAGCAUGCGUGGUGCUGCAGAUCCAACCAUGCGUGGUGAUACUCGCAACGGCGUACGGUCAGUCUCACCUGUUGGAAGGCGACCGUUUUCCCCGCCAGAUAGUUCUCGUCCCAUGAGGACAACUCUAAGAGCUUCCAUGGACAACACCCCCACCCUCCGGGGCCCGGCAGAAGGCAGAAGGAGUUCUUCGAUGGUUGGCCGCCAACAAAGGAGCAACCCUCCUGUUCCAACAGUCUCUAAGCAGAAUAAUAGGUCUCGUAUCCAUGAUUCGGACGACUCGGACGAGGAGCCUCGCCCCAGUAAAUUCCGCUCGCGGUUUGACGACGACAGCGACGACGAGGUCGAUGUUCCGCAAUUUGCUCCGGUUCGUGGUAUUCCUCGGAGGAACAAUGAUGAAGAUUCGACCGACUUGGAUGAUAGCUCGGAGGAGGAUCAACUUACGCCGGCAGCUAAAACUCCGCCCAAACUCCAGGUCCCUCAAGGCAAUGGAUCUGCCCCUGCCAGCAGUACCGAAGCGUUAUCACCCAAUAGUGAGAAGAAGCGUGGAUUGCUUGGAUUGUUCCGCAGCAAGAAGCCCAAGGAUGAGGCUCUCUCGCCCGUCACUGAAUCCCCACAAGCGUCAACCAUGCCGAAAACUACGGACACAAGCAACCCAUCGAGACUGGGCUUCGCCUCCGCCGCUGAGCGUGACCGGAUGAUUGAGCAGACCAGGGCCAGACUGGAAGCAGCAAAAGAACAGGAGCACCCCAGCAGCCAUCAGCAGGGGCAUGCCAAACUACAACGGCGCCAUAUGCCGGACCGGGUCAUGAGCGACUCCUGGCCUUUGCCAUCGGCCUUGGCUGACGAAAAGCCCCGUCCCACCACCGCCGAUGGACUGCUCACGCGAAAUGGCACGACGAGGCUGAACCAAGGAAGCAUGCGCAACACGAGCCAGUCCGGGGAGGCGAUCGGACGCAGUGGGAAGAAGAAAAAGUUUCCUAUGUUGCGCAAGGUCUUCGGCCUUACAGACUAA